AUGGCUGCCAUACUUGGAGGUGGAGGCGAGGACGGCUUCGGCCAGCUGGGGCAGUUUCCUCUCGAACAAUGGUUCUUUGAGAUGCCGCCAUGUACCCGGUACUGGACGACCGCAACAGUCAUCACAUCCAUUCUGCUGCAGUGCAAAAUCAUCACUCCAUUUCAGUUGUUUUAUUCUUGGCGCGCAGUUUACUAUAAGUCGCAGUACUGGCGGUUGUUAACCACGUUCAUAUACUUUGGUCCACCGUCCCUAGACCUGGCCUUUCACGUCUUCUUCCUUCAGCGAUACUCUCGACUGUUAGAGCAAGGUUCCGGCCCCUCACCUGCAGUCUUCUCCUGGCUGCUACUAUACGCCUGCACGUCCCUGCUUGCCCUCAGCUCGCUUACGACCUCUAUCCCAUUCCUGGGCUCAGCACUUUCGAGCACUCUUGUAUAUAUCUGGUCACGACGUAAUCCGGAUACCCGGCUGAGUUUCCUCGGUGUCCUUGUCUUCACGGCGCCUUACCUUCCAUGGGUGUUAAUGGCCUUUCACAUGUUUAUGCAUGGCAGCAUUCCUAAGGACGAGAUACUUGGUGUGAUUGUUGGCCAUGUCUAUUACUUUUUCGCCGAUGUUUGGCCUGGCUUACAUGAUGGUCAACGACCGAUGGAUCCUCCUGACUUCUGGGUCCGCCUGUGGGAGGGUCGGCGAGGAGAAACCGGCGUUCGAAACAUUGAUGGCGAUGUGGCAGCCGCAGCUGCUCGACCAGGCGAAGUACGAUGA